CACAUUUAAAUAUUGUGUUACACUUGGCGGCUUUAGUGGCUUCGCACGUUGCAUCUCGAAUUUUCGGCAUCAAAAUUAUUCUCUGGUUUUUAUGGAUUAAAACAAAUUGAUAUGAUACAACUUCAAGAAGUACAUCAAGAACAGGAAGAACAACACCAACAACAACAGAUUCAACAAAAUCAUCAUGCCUGUAAUAAUGAAGAUAUUUUAAACCAAAUUAAAGCCUCUGUUCAUAAUUUAUAUGAAUUUAAAACGAAAUAUUUAAACGAAUGGGCUGAUAAAUAUGGUGUAUUAAAUGAUUCAAUGUUUCAAUCAUGGAUGCAAAGUGAUACAAUCUGUUCAAUGAUCAAUGAAUCAUGUGAAUUAAUGAAUAAGAAAAAUGAAUUAGUCCAAUUGAAAUUUGAACAGACAAUAUCUAUGCUGAAGGCAUAUGAAUCAAUAUUCAUGCAUACAUCAUCAGUAUCACCGUUACAAAAAGCAGAGUUUUGUUAUCAAUAUGGUAGAGCCUUUAAUGCAAUUGAUUCAGACAUGUAUACUGGAAAUCUUCAUGAUACCGAGGAGAAUGAUUUAACCUGUCAAGCAAUUCAAUGGUUGACUAAGGCGUUGAAAUUCAAUCCUCAGCAUACAGAUGCUUGGUGUGAAUUAGGUGAUUCAUGUUGGCGACAAGGUGAUCCUGUACAGGCUGCCAGUCAUUUUCGUCAAGCGUUAAAAAUUGAUGAUAUGUUUGGCAAAACACUGACAUGUUGGCUUCAGGCUGUUUGUCUGGAUCCAGACUGGCCUGCACCACAAAAUUGUAUCAAGCGUAUUAUUAAAUUUAUUCUAGAAUGGAAGACAUUUAUGCAACAGUUGUCUGAAAUUCAUUCCUGCACUGGUAGUUGUUCUAUGGAGAAGAAAUCGUCGGACCAACGGCGACAACAACAACGACAAGAAAUCGAUGAAUUCAUUGUUCCCUUGAAUCCGCUUACUAAGCUAUUAACUGUAAGCACUAAGGAGAAUUCUAAUUGGUCAGAGAAUAAUGGCGAUAAUCAAACUAACCAAUCAUCACCGAAUUAUGAUAAUAAUAAGUUGACCUUGGAUAUCAAAGAUAAAACUGCAUUGAGUCGUUUAUUGGGACCUUGUUGUCCGCUGAUCAACAACAGUGUGGUUGACCAGCAUGAUGACAAUUCGGUGGUGGAUGACAAGUCGGUGGCGAAUAUGAAACAGAAAGGCAGUGACAAAACUAACAACAGCAACAACAACAAGAAGAAGAAGCGAUUAAAAUCUGCGAAACAUACCAACAGUUCGAGUAAUACUUUGACUAAUUCUAAUGAACUUAGGCUGUUAACUUCUGUAAUUGACACCAGUCAGAUACACGUUGGUCUGUUCAAAGAUUUACAGAUAGGGUUGAACAAGAAUACAGUAUGUGUUGGACGUGUCUAUGCUGAAUUGCCUGCUGAUACAGAUUUAGCAAGAAAUUUUCUCCUUGUCGAUGCUUAUGGUAUGCCUUUCACUGUUCGAGUGUACAAUAUUGGAAAGGGUAAAGGACCAAUUCGUAAAGAUAUCAUUGUUAUACCGAAUCCGUUUGUUGAAGAGAUAUUCAUUGAAGGUUUUAUCCUGCAUUCAUGUAUAACUGCUUUAUCAAAGUUAGAUAGUAAAUAUCUGUCUGAGGAUAUAAUCAAUAAACUAGCAAAUCUUAACAAAGACACUGACACCACCAUUGACAAAAGUGAUAAUAUGAAAGAAUCUGAUUUCACUUCACUACCUCCUUCUCAUCUUUUAUCAAAUAGUACAGCCGAUCUCCAUAUUCGCCUUAUACGUAUUCCACUUCCAGAUCUUCUUGUAGUUAAUGGUCAGCCUGUUGGCUCCAGUUGGACUGGUGCACCAGUUUUCAAAACUGUAUUCUUUACUGGAAUUUGAGCAUAUUUUGCAUGCAGUUGGUUAUGCGUGGUUUGUUUUUUUAAGGGCAAAACUACUAACUACUUUAUUGUUUG